ACUAAUAAUUCUAGCUAGCUAGGUGUUGUCUUGUAUGAGUUUGUCACGCACGAUUAUUGUAGUCGUUGUAUAAUUAUAUAUUCUCAGCUCGAUCAAUGUUAAUUUGCUCGAUCGUCUAAUUAAGUAGAUUAUUAAUUAAUUGCAGGAACUUAAGUGAUCGAGAUUAUAAAAUAUAAUGGAUGGUGGAAAAGAAGAUAACAAUGCCAACAACACAUCUAAUGUUGUUCCCAAAUCCAGCAAGGGAAGGAAGAAGGAGACUGGUCUAGGCCUUACCCAUACUAAAGAUGGCAACUUUGGGGAAUGGUAUUCUGAGGUUGUUACAAAAGGUGAAAUGAUUGAAUAUUCUGAUAUAUCUGGCUGUUAUACUCUCCGGCCAACGUCAACGCACAUUUGGAGGAUAUUGCAAAAAUUUUUUGAGCCAGAAAUAGAGAAGAUGGAGGUUGAAGAAUGCUACUUUGAACUUUUUGUGUCUAAUAAAUCUCUACAAAAGGAAAAGGAUCACAUACAGGGUUUUGCUCCUGAGGUUGCUUGGGUCACAAGAUCCGGUGACUCCGAUUUGGAAAAUCCCAUUGCUAUUCGCCCAACAAGCGAAACUAUCAUAUAUCCAAAAUUCUCUAAGUGGAUCAGGGGACAUCGUGACCUGCCCAAAAAAGUUUAUCAAUAUUGUAAUGUUGUUCGAUGGGAGUUGAGUAACCCUACUCCAUUUAUCAGAUGUCGUGAGUUUCUUUGGCAAGAAGGGCACACGGCUCAUGCAACGAAAGAGGAGGCAGACAUUGAGGUUCUACAAAUUCUGGAAUUAUACAGGCGCCUAUAUGAGGAGUACUUGGCCGUACCUGUUAUCAAAGGCAAAAAAAGCGAACUAGAGAAGUUUGCAGGUGGUCUUUAUACAACUACUGUUGAGGCGUUUAUUCCAAAUACAGGACGUAGCGUACAAGGUGCAACGUCCCAUUGCUUGGGCCAGAAUUUUGCUAAGAUGUUUGAGGUGAAGUUCGAGGAUGAAAAAGGUGAAAAAGCUUUGGCCUGGCAGAACUCAUGGGGAUACAGUAUUAGGAUGAUUGGGGUAAUGGUUAUGGUGCACAGUGAUGAUAAAGGCCUGGUCAUGCCUCCUAAAGUUUCAGCAGUUCAAGUUAUUGUGAUUAAUGUGCCCCACAACGAUUCAGAUGUUAAUAGAAAAAUAGAAAAUGCAUGCUUGGAGACGGUAGAAGCUUUAUGUGCCAUGGGUAUACGUGUGAAACAAGACCCCAGAGAUAACUAUACACCUGGAUGGAAGUAUGCUCACUGGGAAAUGAAAGGUGUUCCUUUGAGAAUCGAAAUAGGUUCAAGGGACCUGGAAAAUAAGCAGGUACGCACUGUUCGUCGUGACAACGGCGCAAAGGUCAAUGUUCCCAUGGCCGGGCUUGCUGAUACAGUAAAAGUGAUGUUGGAUGACAUUCAACAAAGCAUGUUUUUAGUUGCUAAAGACAAACGGGAUGCGUGUGUCCAAGUUAUAAAAACAUGGGAUGAAUUCAUUGAAGCAUUGGGCCAAAAGAAGUUGAUCUUGGCUCCAUGGUGUGACGAAGAGGAAGUUGAGAAACAUGUAAAAGCUAAAACUAAAGAGGAGUCAGGAGCCUGUAAGACGCUUUGCUCUCCAAUUGAUCAGCCUGAAAUGCCUGAAGGCACAUUAUGCUUUGCAUCAGGGAAACCUGCAAAGAAAUGGACUUAUUGGGGACGGAGUUAUUAAGAUCAACUUUUUGAUAUUCAAUGUUUCUUUUGUAAUGUUUUCUAUAUAAGACCGAUGUAUGCUAAGAUUCCAGAACAAUUGAUAGAGAUUGUAAAAUGGAUGGAUUUUGUGUUAUCUUUAAAUUUGACCGUUGUAUGUUCUUGAAAGUUCCAAAACGUAAUCAUCCAAACAUCUAUAGAGAUGCUAAAAUGGGUGGCUUUUGUAAUGACAAGCAUAUCUUAGAAUGUGGUGGUUGUAUGUUUUUUUUUAAA